ACGAGUGAGAAAAACUUUUUCCCCCCUAGAUUUGGCGACUAGCGGGAUAAAUUUGAAGAGCUCCAUCCCACCCCCGCACGCGCACCCCCCAUUCUUUCCAGACAGAGCGGUUGUAAAUCCGAGGCUGAGUCCGCCCUGGGAGCCUUGGGGCACCUUCCUCUUUGCUCUGUGUGUGUGUGUGUGUGUGUGUGUGUGUGUGCGCGCGUGUGUGUGCGUGCGUGUAGCUCUCGCUCUUUCCCUCAGUCUGUGCCUGUGUGUGUGUGUGUGUGUGUGUGUGUGUGUGUGACAGAGAGAGAGCGAGAGAGAGAGCGCGAGAGGAGAGAGAGCGAGAAAGAGAGAGAGAGAGAGCAAGAGAGCGAGCUGUGAGCUGUGCUGCCGCCGCCGCUGCCCUUUGAUCCCGACAUUAGUGUUAGGGGCUCGGAGACACAGAGCGCGGCCAUAGACACCGCCGCACCGGCACUCAUUUAUUUAUACCUCCCAUCACACACGCGAGCAUAGGACACACACACACUCACACCUAUUAGAUCCGUUUCCAUUGAAGAAUAUUACGCUCGGGGACAAGCCAGGUGCACGACCAAAAAUUAAAAAAAAAAAAAAAAAAGGAAAAAAGAAAGGAAAGAAAAGAAGAAAACCCCUCUUCUGGCUCCAGGAAACAAGCUUCAACCCAUUGCACACACCGGAGAGAAGGGGUUUCCCCCUGUCCGCCCGCCCGCCCCCCAACUACCUCCCCGCUCCUGCCAGUGUCUGCCUCUCUGCCCCCACGGGGGUUUAUUUGAUCUCACAUUAACCAAGGAGGAGAAUGUGAGAAAAGGGGGAAAAUGCCCAGGAGGAAGCAGGAGCAGCCCAAGCGCCUUCCCUCACAUGUUAGUAGGCAGGAAGAGGCGGAGGGAGAGCUCAGUGAAGGAGAACACUGGUAUGGAAACUCUUCAGAGACUCCGUCAGAAGCAUCCUAUGGGGAAGUCCAGGAGAACUAUAAGCUGUCGCUGGAGGACCGGAUCCAGGAGCAGUCCACGUCCCCCGACACCUCCUUGGGAAGCGCGACUCCCAGCAGCCACACGUUGGAGCUGGUGGCACUGGACGGUGAGGUCCUGAGAGACUCACUGCAGUGUCAAGAUCACCUCUCCCCGGGAGUGUCUUCUUUGUGUGAAGAUGACCCAGGCUCCAACAAGCCCCUGAGCAGCAACUUGAGGCGGCUGCUGGAGGCUGGUUCCCUCAAACUCGAUGCCGCAGCCACGGCCAAUGGCAGAGUGGAGUCCCCCGUAAACGUAGGCUCGAACCUCUCCUUUUCCCCGCCUUCCCACCACGCCCAGCAGCUCAGUGUUCUGGCCAGGAAGUUGGCCGAGAAGCAGGAACAGAAUGACCAAUACACUCCAAGUAACCGUUUUAUAUGGAAUCAAGGUAAGUGGUUGCCAAACUCAACCACCGCCUGCGGCUUGUCUCCGGAUUCGGCCAUCCUAAAACUGAAAGCUGCAGCCAAUGCCGUUCUGCAGGACAAAUCUCUCACCAGGACUGAGGAGACCAUGCGGUUUGAGUCCUUUUCCUCCCCUUUUAGCUCCCAGUCUGCCAGUUCUACCUUGGCCGCUUUGUCCAAGAAGGUCAGUGAGAGAAGUUUGACUCCCGGUCAGGAGCACCCUCCUCCCGCCAGCUCCUUCCUUUCCCUGGCUUCUAUGACCUCCUCAGCGGCCCUUCUGAAGGAGGUGGCCGCAAGGGCUGCUGGCAGUCUUCUGGCUGAGAAAUCAUCGCUGCUGCCUGAGGACCCUCUACCGCCCCCGCCUUCAGAGAAGAAACCAGAAAAAGUCACUCCGCCUCCUCCACCGCCACCUCCACCACCUCCACCACCACCACCACAAUCUCUGGAAUUAUUAUUACUCCCAGUUCCUAAGGGAAGAGUUUCUAAACCCUCCAAUUCAGCCUCAGAAGAGGAAAGUGGAAAGCCUUUCCAGUGUCCAAUAUGUGGUUUGGUUAUAAAAAGGAAGAGUUAUUGGAAGCGGCACAUGGUGAUUCACACAGGUUUAAAAAGUCAUCAGUGUCCGCUCUGUCCAUUCCGGUGUGCUCGCAAGGACAAUCUCAAAUCCCACAUGAAGGUUCAUCAGCACCAGGAUCGGGGAGAGACCUUUCAGUGCCAGCUGUGCCCUUUUACUUCCUCACGCCACUUCAGCCUGAAACUCCACAUGCGUUGCCAUCAGCACUUCCUGAGGACAGAAGCCAAGGUGAAGGAGGAGAUCCCAGACCCAGAUGUCAAGGGAUCUCCCCACCUCAGUGACAGUGCCUGCCUGGGGCAGCAAAGGGAAGGAGGAGGGACAGAGCUAGUGGGGACCAUGAUGACGUCUAACACUCCAGAGAGGACUAGCCAGGGAGGGGCUGGCGUCUCGCCUUUGCUGGUGAAGGAGGAACCCAAGGAAGAUAACGGCCUGCCCACCUCCUUUACUUUGAAUGCUGCCGACAGGCCCGCCAACCACACAAAGCUGAAAGACCCCUCCGAGUAUGUGGCCAACAGUGCGUCAGCAUUGUUCAGCCAGGACAUCUCUGUUAAGAUGGCGUCUGAUUUUCUCAUGAAGCUGUCAGCUGCAAAUCAGAAGGAGCCCAUGAAUCUUAAUUUUAAAGUGAAAGAGGAACCUAAGGAAGGGGAGUCCCUGAGUGCGACUUUGCCUCGGUCCAGCUAUGUGUUCAGCCCCGAAUCUGAAGUGUCAGCCCCAGGAGCCUCUGAGGACACACUAAAGCCCCAGGAAGGGAAGGGAAAUGUGCUAAGGCGGGACGUGUCAGUCAAAGCAGCCUCUGAACUUCUCAUGAAACUCUCAGCGGAAAGCUACAAGGAAACACAGAUGGUGAAGAUUAAAGAGGAACCCAUGGAGGUGGACAUCCAGGACUCCCACGUCGCAAUAUCACCCAACCGGAAUGUUGGCUACAGCACUUUAAUCGGGCGAGAGAAAACCGAACCCUUACAGAAGAUGCCAGAGGGCAGAGUACCCCCAGAGAGAAACCUCUUCAGUCAGGAUAUCUCUGUGAAGAUGGCUUCCGAGCUCCUCUUUCAACUGUCAGAAAAAGUGAGCAAAGAGCACAAUCAUACAAAAGAAAAUACCAUCCGGACGACCACCAGCCCUUUCUUUUCAGAAGACACAUUUAGACAAUCACCAUUCACCUCCAAUUCAAAAGAACUGCUGCCCAGUGAAUCUGUGCUGCACGGAAGAAUAUCAGCUCCAGAAACAGAAAAGAUAGUCCUAGAGGCAGGAAAUGGAUUGCCAUCCUGGAAAUUCAAUGACCAGCUUUUUCCCUGUGACGUGUGUGGGAAAGUGUUUGGCCGACAGCAGACAUUGUCCCGACACCUCUCGCUGCACACAGAGGAAAGAAAAUACAAAUGCCACUUGUGCCCCUAUGCUGCUAAGUGCCGUGCAAAUCUGAACCAGCACUUGACUGUCCAUUCCGUGAAGCUGGUGAGUACAGACACCGAGGACAUUGUCAGCGCCGUCACCUCUGAAGGCAGUGAUGGGAAGAAGCAUCCUUAUUACUACAGUUGUCACGUGUGUGGAUUUGAGACCGAGCUCAAUGUCCAGUUUGUCAGCCACAUGUCACUCCACGUGGACAAGGAGCAGUGGAUGUUUUCGAUCUGCUGUACUGCCUGCGACUUUGUCACCAUGGAGGAAGCAGAGAUAAAGACUCACAUUGGCACCAAGCACACAGGGGAAGACAGGAAGACCCCCAGCGAAUCAAAUAGCCCCUCUUCAUCCUCCCUCUCAGCUCUGAGUGAUUCGGCCAACAGCAAAGAUGAUUCAGAUGGCUCCCAGAAAAACAAGGGUGGGAACAACCUGCUGGUCAUCUCUGUCAUGCCUGGGAGCCAGCCCUCACUGAACAGUGAGGAAAAGCCAGAGAAAGGGUUCGAAUGCGUUUUUUGCAACUUUGUCUGCAAGACGAAGAACAUGUUUGAGCGUCAUCUGCAGAUACACCUCAUCACCCGGAUGUUUGAGUGUGAUGUGUGCCACAAGUUCAUGAAGACCCCUGAACAGCUGCUGGAGCAUAAGAAAUGCCACACUGUCCCCACCGGUGGGCUCAAGUGCCCAUUCUGCAUUUAUUCCACCAACCGCCCCGCUGCCAUGGAGUGCCACCUCAAGACCCACUACAAGAUGGAGUACAAGUGCCGGAUCUGCCAGACGGUGAAGGCCAACCAGCUGGAGCUGGAGACGCACACCCGGGAGCACCGCCUGGGCAACCACUACAAGUGCGACCAGUGCGGCUACCUGUCUAAGACCGCCAACAAGCUCAUCGAGCACGUGCGCGUCCACACCGGGGAGCGGCCCUUCCACUGUGACCAGUGCAGCUACAGCUGCAAGCGCAAGGACAAUCUCAACCUGCACAAGAAGCUGAAGCACGCCCCUCGCCAGACCUUCAGCUGCGAAGAGUGCCUGUUCAAGACCACACACCCUUUCGUCUUCAGCCGCCACGUCAAGAAGCACCAGAGUGGGGACUGCCCCGAGGAGGACAAGAAGGGCCUGUGUCCAGCCCCCAAGGAACCGGCCGGCCCCGGGGCCCCGCUCCUGGUGGUCGGGAGCUCCCGGAAUCUCUUGUCUCCCCUGUCAGUCAUGUCCGCCUCCCAGGCUCUGCAGACCGUGGCCCUGUCGGCAGCCCACGGCAGCAGCUCAGAGCCCAACCUGGCACUCAAGGCUUUGGCCUUCAACGGCUCCCCUUUGCGCUUUGACAAGUACAGGAACUCAGAUUUUGCCCAUCUCAUUCCCUUGACAAUGUUAUACCCCAAGAACCACUUGGAUCUCACAUUCCACCCUCCCCGACCUCAGACUGCGCCUCCCAGCAUCCCCUCGCCCAAACACUCCUUCCUCGCCUAUCUCGGACUGAGAGAAAGAGCAGAGACUGUCUGAGGGCAGCCAUGCUCUGUACCAAAAAACAAAGAGACAAAGACAAAAAAAAAAAAAAAACCCUCAAAACUUAAACACAACCCCAGCAGGUGUAUGUUGCUGCAAAACCUACAGGCCCGCAUGGGUCUGAAACAUGUGUACUGUAUAUCUUUAGUAAGGAAUAGAGAAUUGGCUCUGUGUGUAUACCUAUUGCAUUGACCUGAAAGCUGCUUUAUCCAAUCUUCAGAGAGGUGACCUACUGCAUACUUCUACCUUCAGAGGCAUGCCUCCCCAGCCACCCACUCCCACUCUCAGCCCUUCUCCGUGCUUUUCUCUGAAAGGAAUCUUGUCUUGUUAAACCCUAAAGAGAGUGUCCUUAAUAGCAAUCAGCACUUGUAAGCUUGUAUACCGGUGCAUUUGGUUUUCUGUUGGGUGAAUGGGGGUGCGUGGGCGUUUGCGGAUUCUGAAAGAGAAAGCCGUGUGUCGCGUGCCGUGACAUUUCUAUUGCACAUUCUUUGUACUGGCUUCUUCAACAGCGAUGAACGUUCUUUUCCCUCCUGGGCGGUUCAUCCACAGCUGUCUCACCCUGUGCUCCUUCAUCACCUUUCCCUCUCUCUUUGACGGCUACAGAGUGGUAGGGCCUGGUGCUUAGUCGAUGAAGGAAUGGUAGACAUCUGCAGUGCUGCUGGAGAUUUCCGCCAGAGCUCUGGAGACCCUGUGCUCAGAUCUUCUCUGGUGAUGAAGAUGCGAGGAAUCAAGUGACUGAUCUGGAAGAAAUAUCUCGCAGCACUGCAGCUAACAUCACAGAACUUAAGUGUAUUUUGUGUGUGUGUGCCCACACAUAGACAAAUGUGGAGGGUCCACACACACACAGCGCAUCAUUUUUUUAAGGGCAGAUUAUAUAUAUAUAUGAUGUAUUAAUUCAGUGGUUACCAUUUGUUUGCAGGAAAAAAAAAAUGUAUGAGUGAAAAAAAUUUAUGGUUGAUAAAUCCAGCCAAGGAGAUUAAAAGGGGUUUGGAUAAAUUCUGGGUAUAAAUGCUCAGACUAAAAAAAAAGAAACGGCAGUUUUGCACAGUGCUAUGGUCUUGCACUAGUUUUUGUUUCUCAUCUGAAAAAAAAGAAAGUAAAAUAAAAGGAAGAAAAUGUACCUUUUUUAUGGAAUGAGAAGACUGUAUGUUUGAAGAUUUAGCCACAACCUCUUUGACAUAUAAUGACGCAACAAAAAGGUGCUGUUUAGUCCUAUGGUUCAGUUUAUGCCCCUGACAAGUUUCCAUUGUGUUUUGCUGAUCCUCUGGCUAUCGCGGUAUUCUCCAUGUUAUUAAUAACUCUGUAUUCCAUUUUGUUAACGCCUGGUAGAUGUAACCUGCUAGGAGGCUAACUUUAUACUUAUUUAAAAGCUCUUAUUUUGUGGUCAUUAAAAUGGCAAUUUAUGUGCAGCACUUUAUUGCAGCAGGAAGCAGGUGUGGGUUGGUUGUAAAGCCCUUUGCUAAUCUUAAAAAGUAAUGGGUGAUUUUAAAAGAAAAAAGGAAAAAAAAUCUUUGGCUGAAUAUGUUCAUUGCUUGUAUUUUUAAAACAACAGAAUUUCCAGUAUGAAACAGGCUGAAAGAGCAGGAAGAAAUGUUCUUUGUAUCAUAAUGGGAAGUUUGGAAUAUAAAAGUUUAUAUAUUAUUUAUCUAUUGGAGAACUGGUGUACAGGAGGAACGCGUUCUUUCUGUGUUGCUGUUUUCCAUCAUGUGUUAUCCUAAGAGUUGGUUUUUUUUAAAAUCUGUUUCACCAGGGGAAAAUAAAAGCAUCCCUAAUAUUCUUCCUCUAGUCAGUUUGCUUUGCUGAAAGCUCCCUGGAAAUUAGUACAGUUCUACAGGAAGCCAGAAGACUGUACUGUCUGUCCACACCAUGCUCUCCCCAGCCCCCUCCAUGCCAGUCCCUCCUCCCCACACCCAGCAGGUAUGCUACACCUCCUUUUGCCAGUCACCCGCCGUGGAUGGGGAGCCUGCCUGGUGCCCUGGCAAACCUGUUUACACUAAGGAGAUGCCCACAGGGUCAGGGAGGCCAAACCAGCUAGGGCGGGAAGCUCCCAAACCCUCAGUCAUUCUCCAGCAGAGACCUUUGCUCUUGGCCAGGUUUGAAACGGUGUUCAACCUCGCCACGUCAAUGUCUCAGUAAAAGACACUAAAGAUAGUUAUGGACAAUACACUCCAAGAAUUCUGGGCUUAUGGGUGGGAUGGUUUUUUUGUUGGUUUUUUUUUUUUCCAAGUCAUGUCUUUAUUCAAGUCAUGUCUCUAUCCCCAUAUAAUGGAGAAUGUGCCACUAGGCUAAUAAUAUGUUUUCAAAAUUACAAGUUCAGUGAUGACAGGAAAGGGCUAUAAUCCCACAGAGGCUGGUAGAAAAGGUGAGUAACACUGAAGCACCAGUGGGUUAAAAACCUGAAAGGGCAGCCCUGACAAUUCGGACUAUAGGUUUUACAGCAUGCCACUUGUGCAAUAGGAGGUCUUAGGGUUGAAACUUUCAAGAACAAGAGGGGUGAAGGAAGGAGACGUUUACUGCUCAAAUGCCAUGCAUUUCACUGCUUGCCACUGAACUUGUAUUUGAAUGACUUAGUAAUGCUUAAUAUAAUUGGGCAACUUUUUUAGCACUUUGGAAAGAGUCAUCAAUCUUUCUGGUAAAUUAUAAAAGUUUUCUGAGUGAGAACAGGUGUGUUGGGAGUUUGUUUGACUUUUUAUAUUAUUAUUGUUAUUAAUAAAGAAAAAAAUCUACAGCAUUUUUCAGACUCCACCCUAGAAAAUAUGUACCCCUGAAUUUGGUUUGCAGUUGAUACUCAGGGAAGGAUGUAUUCCAUAGAUAUCCUUUCCGUGUAAAACACUAACAUCUUUGAGAAAUUCACCUACCAACUAACUUCAGUUGUUUUCACUAUGCAUUCUUCAAUGAAAGCUAGCUUAUUUUUCCAUAUAGUAAUGCAGUUAGGGUUCUCAGCACUUUCUUCUGUCCUUUUUUUAACUCUUCAUAUUAUGUUCAGAUGAUCAUACUGUCAAGGUUUGUGUACAUUACUGAAAAUUUGUAUUGUAUAAAGCUUUUUGCAUUACAAGGCUGUACAGGGUCAUUUUGACAGUAACUGGUAUAUUCCUUUGCAUCUUAUGUUGCAUUGCCAAUUUCUAGUGUAUCCAGUUUGAAAGUAUAAUAUACUCUAAUUAAAAAAAAAAAGGUUGGCUAUA